AUGAAAUUGUCUAAAGAAAACAUAGUAAUUAUUGCGAUAAAAUGUACAAGACUUAUAUAUUUUUAAUCUAUAUUUUACGGUUAUCGAAUAUCGUUAGAAAUUUAUCUAAUAACCUUCAAGUUUUAUUACACAGAACCAUUGUGUGAUAAUUUAAUGAGUGAAUUUUUAAAAUGAGUUUUUUUUUCGUACCACGUAAAGUGAUAUUUUGAAUACCACUAGACACGCAGCCCUACAUUACGUUAUUGGCAAAUACUAUCUUCAUCAAGUUGUCCUAUUACUUUCGGUGAUAUUUGACGGUGACUAAAAAGAAACAUGUUCUAAUCAGUGAUCAUUUGAUGCACCUGUGAUCACAGAAAUGUCACCUUGAACGUCUAAUAAGAGAGGACGGCGGGGUAAUUUUGGAACGCAACUAAGUGCGAGAGAAGCAUUAUAUUUAAGAUUAAAGAAAUUAUGAAAUUUGUGAGAUCAUUACAUUGAAUCGUAAAAAAGAACAUACGAUGUCCCACUGUAAAAAAGGUCCUUUGUCAUCAGGAUUUUAUCAAUUAGAUAUCAUAAUCGAAGGGGCAGUAUUAAGAAGCUCGUCAUUCUUGAAACCCAAUCCGUACAUAGAAAUUUCAGUGGAUGGAGAAAGACUUCUUACAACAGAUGUAUCCAAAUCCACAUAUCAACCAAAAUGGGAGGAAAGAUUUCAUGUAUUGGUCAAACCAUAUUCUCAAGUGCAUUUUCGUUUAUUUGACCAUAGCACAUUUAGAAAGGAUACGUUAUUAGGAGAGAAAAGAAUAAGUUUGUUUCAAAUUUUGUCCCAUUAUAAUGGAAAAUUAGAAAAUUUGGAGCUAACAUUUGAUUUGAUGAAUUCAAAUAAACAUGAUUUCUGUUCUAACAAAAUUGGAGAGCUAGUAACUGUGUUUGAUGGAUUAACAAUAGAUAUCAAUGAUAUUACACCUGUUCAUGAUCCUCAAUUACCAAAAACUGGAGAAUUGGAUACAUUGUUUGAUAACUUGAGAAUUGAUCUUAAUAAUUCUAUACCAAGUAAUACUAAUGAAUCGUUAUGCCAAGUUCAAUGUACUGUACCAGAUGGUGCUAGUAGCAGUGAUACUGUAAGUAAUUGCAGCGUGUUAAAUGGAGGAGUACGUGGACGAAUGAGAUUACAUUCCAACGAAACUGCCACACCAUCGUCGAUGUAUUGUGGUCAAGCUAAUGCUCAUCACAGUUCUACAUAUAACACUAAUGCAAAUCAAUCUGGUAUAGAUAAACACAAUUCUACUCAACAUCACAAACCACAUGAAAAUGAUAAACCAGGAAGUAGUAAAAUGUGUUCAAUUCACUUAGCAAAUGGACAUGCUGUCCCUAUGUCAGAUAAACCAGUAGCCCAAACACAAGAAAAACCAAUGAAUAGAACAUCAGAACGACAUACGACAUCCUUGAUUGAUGGAUGCAUACCAUCACGUUCAGAACCAUCACGUUCAACUAAUCAUAACAUAUCAGAGGGACGUCCAAUUUCUCGGCCAGAACAGUCUUCGUCCGUUCCUAACACAAACGAACGUUUGACGAAUUUUAGAGCAGAUCAAUCUGCAUCGAAUUCAGUUUCGGAUGGGCGUACAGUUCCUCAAUCAGAACCAUUGUCUCUCUCUAAUGUAAAUACAUGUUCAACCUCUCGAAUAGAAUCGACGUCACUCCCUAAUACAGAAACACGACCAGAUCAUUCAUCCGAGGCUCGUGGAACUACUAGAGCUGAACAAAAUAAUAGUAUUCUUCUUCCACAUUGUAUUCCUCGUUCAGAGCAAUCUAUGUUAAAUACUGUACCAGAUAGUCGCACUAUACCACAUUCUGAAGAAUUUACAACAAAUAAUUUACCAGAAUCUCGUUCGCUUACCAGAAUGGCUCAACCAACAGUUUCAUUGACAGGGCAACCUGCAAUGUCUGUAGGUGGACAACCUAUUAUACAACCUGGAUCUUCAGUAAUGCUUCCAGAAGUUGAAAAUACAUGUCAUUCGGAGGAACCUCUUCCACCUGGAUGGGAAAUGAGAUGCGAUGGUUAUAGUCGAAGGUAUUAUGUUGAUCAUAAUACAAGAAGUACAUCAUGGGAAAGACCACAGCCGUUACCACCAGGAUGGGAAGUACGCAGAGAUCCUAGGGGUAGAAUUUAUUAUGUGGAUCAUAAUACAAGAAGUACAACAUGGCAGAGACCAAAUACAGAAAGAUUGCAGCAUUUCCAACAGUGGCAAGGUGAAAGGCAAUAUGUCGUUCAACAAGGCAAUCAACGAUUUCUUUAUCCUCAACCUCUUGGGGCAGCAGCCGCUGUAGCAGGACCUUUAGCUUCUGCUAUACCUGAUGAUGAUGAUAUCCUUGGACCAUUACCAGCUGGUUGGGAAAGACGUAAGCAACCAGAAGGUCGAGUAUAUUAUGUAAAUCAUAAAAAUCGGACAACUCAAUGGGAAGAUCCUCGUACGCAAGGACAAGAAACAGGAAUAGAUGAACCACCAUUACCAGAUGGUUGGGAAAUUCGAUUGACAGAAGAUGGUGUUCGAUAUUUCGUGGACCACAACACAAGAACAACAACAUUCCAAGAUCCAAGGCCAGGUGCACCAAAAGGACCAAAAGGAGUUUACCGAGUACCAAGGGCAUAUGAAAGAUCAUUUCGUUGGAAAUUAUCCCAAUUUCGUUUCUUAUGUCAAACCAAUGCAUUACCCAAUCAUAUAAAGAUUAGUGUAAGUCGACAAACAUUAUUUGAGGAUUCUUAUCACCAAAUAAUGAAUGCAGAAGCAUUUGCGCUUAGACGAAGAUUAUAUAUUAUAUUUAAAGGAGAAGAAGGGUUGGAUUAUGGAGGCGUAUCUAGAGAGUGGUUCUUCUUAUUGAGUCACGAAGUUUUAAAUCCUAUGUAUUGUUUAUUUGAAUAUGCUAAUAAAAGCAAUUAUAGCCUGCAAAUAAAUCCUGCAUCUUACGUCAAUCCUGAUCAUUUACAAUAUUUUAAAUUUAUUGGCAGAUUUAUUGCAAUGGCUCUUUACCAUGGACGAUUUAUCUAUAGUGGUUUUACUAUGCCAUUUUUUAAAAGAAUGUUAAAUAAAAAACUAGUUAUGAAAGAUAUAGAAUCUAUUGAUCCAGAAUUCUACAAGUCUCUUAUAUGGAUAAAAGAGAAUAAUAUAGAUGAAUGUGCUCUAGAAUUGUAUUAUAGUGUUGACUUUGAAAUUCUUGGACAGGUCAUUCACCAUGAAUUAAAAGAAAACGGUGAUAAGAUUAGAGUUGUUGAAGACAAUAAAGAAGAAUAUAUUAGAUUAAUGACUGAAUGGAGAAUGACUAGAGGUAUAGAAGAACAAACAAAGGCCUUUUUAGAUGGAUUUAAUUCAGUUGUACCAUUAGAAUGGUUAAAAUAUUUUGACGAACGUGAAUUGGAGUUAAUGCUUUGCGGUAUGCAAGAAAUUGAUGUAGAAGAUUGGCAACGUAAUACUAUUUAUAGACAUUAUACGCGUAAUAGUAAACAGGUUCUAUGGUUCUGGCAGUUCGUUACAAGAACGGACAGUGAGAAAAGGGCUCGCCUUUUACAAUUUGUAACUGGUACUUGCAGAGUUCCUGUUGGAGGAUUUGCUGAAUUAAUGGGAAGUAACGGGCCCCAACGAUUUUGUAUUGAAAAAGUUGGAAAAGAUACAUGGUUGCCAAGAUCUCACACAUGUUUUAAUAGACUCGACUUACCACCAUAUAAGAGUUAUGAUCAAUUGGUAGAGAAAUUAAAUUAUGCAAUUGAAGAAACUGAAGGUUUUGGUCAAGAAUAAUUAUUACAGAUAUAAAAGAUCGUUCGACUACAGAUUCUGUAUCAUAAUUUAAUCCAUAAUAGGCAUAAAUGGAUGGCAAUAGUCCUUGGCACUACGAUUUACGUUUCACAUCAAUAAAUACUGAAAGUUUGCUGCUUUUUAAUGAUGUAAUACAUUCAGAAUUUAUCGAAAUUAUUAUAAAACAACAUGGAAUAUAAAAUCUGAUUUCGUAUUAUAUCUUGAUGUAUAUUAUAUACAGGUAUAUGUGGAGAAGUAUCACUAAUAUUGUAAAAAUUAAAAGUUACUGACUAUUUCUGUUAAUAUUUAUAUUGAUUCAGGAAUAUACACAGCAUUGUAGAUUAUCAAAAAAAAUUAUUUUUGUAAUCUACAUUGAAAAUUGUAUAUUCCACAAGUUAUUAUAUUUCUAUCUGAAUUGGAAAUAUUCCUUUCCAAAGUGUACUUUUUAAUUUUGUGCAUUUACAAAAUAUUAAAAGAAAAUGUCAAUGAAACGUAACCAAGUAUAUAUUUUCUCUGAUUAUUUUUGUCAUUAAUACUUUUAAGCAUUCACAGUGCAAGUUUUAAAUGUUUGUUCUAAAUCUUUUAAUUCAAUGUCUUAUCAUAAUUUAUAAUGUAACGUUAAAAAACUAAGAUAGUAGUGAUUUGUUCCAUUUUGUCAAAUUUCAUUGACAUUUUCUAUGUUUCAUUAUGAUUACAUAAAUAUGAUAGGAUUAAAUACAUAAAUUAAUUGUACAUAUUGGAGCUAUAUGUAGCCAUGCAAUAUACUGUAACGGAAAUAACUAUCCUUAUGAUGUUUAGUUUGUUUAGGUUACUUAAUCCCUUGCCUUAUAAUAUCGUACGAGACUUGUAAUAAUGUUUACGGACCAAACAUCAAAAAAACACAAAUCGGAUUACUUUGACCACAGACGCAGCAUUAGAUUUAAUUUUUUCAAGUAUAUUAGAUCCAAUAAAAUCAAAAUAAAGAUCAUGAAGAGCUUGUAACAUUUUUUUAAAUGAAAAACAUGUAAAGUUGCUUUAUAUAUACCAAGUUAUUUCAAAAGAUACCACACAAUUUAGGACUAUUCCAUUAUGCUAUUUUGUUUUGAAGAUUAAUCAUUUAAAUUGAGUUGUUUUUCACAAACAUAAAUAAAAUUUUCUUAAUGCAUUAUUUAUUUGUAAGCCCAAAGUAAUAAUAUCAAUUAAAUGAGCAAAUAAUUGACGAAAUUUUCUAUAAACUCCUAAAAAGCUUACUAUUUCUAUUAAUUUCUUGUCUGUUUGAUCAAAUUAUAAAGUUCAUAUAAAAACCAUGUAUUUAUUAUUAGUAAUCAGAUAUUAUUUAUAAAAUAAUGUCAUUUUGUAUUAUGAUAUUAUUAGCUUCAAAAAAUUAAAGCUUCACAAAAGAAGGCCAAAUAUAUAAAAAGAUUAAUUUGAGUUUUAUUAAGAUCAUAAAUUAAAAUAUAAGGCAAGGGGUUAAUCAUAAAAAUGCUGCCAUGUUUAUAUGCAAAUACAAACAUUGCUCGCUGUAACAAUAGUAUAUAUUGUGUAAACUAUACAGACACACAUGCGCAUAUAUAUACACAUGUUACCAUUAACAUUUUAUAAAGAAACAAACUAAUUGUAGAUACUAAUUAUUAAUAUCUUGGGAUAUAUAUUAAAAAAAUAGAUUGUAUAUAUUUGCUUUAAAAUGCAUACACAAUAUCAUAUAUAUGUAUACAUAUAUAUAUACAUAUAUAUAUAUAUAUAUAUAUAUAUAUAUAUAUAUAUACACAUAUAUACACGUGUAUAUGAACACUAUGUAAAAGAUAUCAUCCAACGUUGCGACAUGUAUCUUACAUAUUGCAAUAUCAACAGUUUAUGCUUGUUCAGAAAUCAGAUUACCAAGAUUACACUUCGAUUAAUAAUUGAACUGAUUUAAACUAAGUAACCAAAUAAAUUCCUUCAUUAGAUCAUUUAUUUGUGUUUAACACCACUAUAUAAUGUAAUCAAGUAUACUAAAUGUAAGAAACUUAAACUGUACAAUAAUGAUCAUUCAUAAUGUAAAUUGGAUAGUCGUGACAAAGAAAGAUUUAAUUAAUACUUAAAUUGAUUUGUUUUAUAUUUAUUUUAUAAUGUAUUAUUAACUACAACCAUAUACAGUUUUUAGUAAAUGUAGCACAUUAUAAAGGACAGUAUAUGAAAGCGAUAUUCCUUGUUAGAACAGUCAUCCUACGUUCUUACUAAAGAUAUUAUAAUUUUGGAUUUGGACCAAAAAACUGAUCCCAUGGUAAAUAAUUUAAAAUACUACUAGAAUUACUAUAGUGAUUAUAUAUGGAUCCCCAAGUUUGUUCUAUAUUUGGUUUAAAGUUUUUCAAUUCAUCUAAAAAUUAAUGAAAAUUCACGUUAUAAGCACAUUAUUAUGUCACAAAAAGCAUUGUAAAUAUAAACAUUAAUGUUUACAAAUGUUAUUAAAAAUACAUAUUGCAACAACUUACUCUCAUCUAUAUUAAUCAAAUCUUCUACUUUGGUUUCUACACCAUUUUUAUCUCUCUUUGUGGUAACAACAUAUUUUUUAUCACCAAUCUGUUUAGAAACUCUCUUUUCUUCGUUACCUUCACUAUCUUUUAUUAUCUGAUGUUGCUCUAUAGUACCAUCUGGUGCAUGUAUAAAUCUUUUGCUAACAAAUUUGGAACUUCGAUGAAAUUGGUGGUUUGUAGAGGGUAUUAUUUUUGUAUCAUUAGGCUCAUUCCAAAAUUUAAAAAGGUUAUCAGCAGAAAUUCUAUAAUGAACGAAGUAACAAAAUUACAAUUAAAAUAAUAAUUUAAAAUACAAAAUAUUUAUAAAAUUUCAUACCUUCCAUCUAAAUCUGCAUCUACUUUGUUUUUUUCAUUAUCAUGAGAAUCUGGAAAUUCAUAUCCAGGUUUUAACAUUUUAUCACGCAAACUAUUAUUACUUUGUCCUGCGUUCGGUGACUCUUCUAUGCUACCUUAAAAUAUUCAAACAAUUUCUCAAAUGAUCAGUGAAAUUAAAAAAUAAUUUUUAAUA